CCGAAUCAUCCGAGACAAGAAGAAGAAGAAAGUGAGAAAAAAUGAUGAAGCGUCUGAUGCCAACGUUCAACCGGAUCCUGGUUCAGAAAGUGAUCCAGCCUGCUAAAACCGAAAGCGGCAUUCUCCUCCCCGAGAAAUCCUCCAAGCUGAACUCAGGCAGGGUGGUAGCUGUUGGACCUGGAUCAAGGGAUAAAGACGGGAAAUUGAUUCCGGUCUCUGUGAAGGAAGGCGACACUGUUCUUCUUCCAGAGUACGGCGGCACACAGGUCAAGCUCGGCGAGAACGAUUGUUGGUUUUGGCAAGAAGAGAGGACCCAACUCAUCAGAGAAGUAGACAAAAAGGAGUUAUUGAUUUGGGGAUCGGGUGGACUAGCUCUGUUGCUGAGGCGUGGACUAGACGCCGACGACGCCACCGGGCUUAUCAUCUCAACGUUAUUGAGGAUGCUCUCGCUUUACAGUGGCAACAACGCCAGAAUAGAGAUGAAAGAGUUUUAUGGAAAGGAAAACACGAUAUUUUUCGUCCAAAGUUCUCCACACGGGACACCUGGAAUCACAUACGGGUAACCUCUAGCACGGUG